GAAGACUCCGGAGACUAGAUCAUGGAGGGAGCCUUCCAGGUGUGUGGGAACUGCAAAAGAAGGGUGGCCUCUGCCCACCUGGCCCUCCAUGAGGCGCACUGCCUGCUGUUCCUGACCCGGUGCCCCGAGUGCAAGGAGCCCGUCCUCCAGGCGAAGAUGGACGAGCACCGCGAGAACGGGCACCAGCAGGUCGGGUGCGCCAUGUGCCAGCAGAGCAUGCAGAAGAGCGUGCUGGCGUUUCACGAGACCAGGGAAUGCCAGGAGCGCCCCGUCGUGUGUGAGUUCUGCAGGGCAGCCGUGCGCUUCAGCAAGCUGGAGAUCCAUGAGCACCACUGCGGCAACCGCAUCGAGCUGUGCCUGGACUGCGGCCAGCCCAUCAUGCUCCGCACGCUGGCCCAGCACAGGGAUGCCUGCCAGAGCGAGCAGGCCCAGCACCGGACAGGGAAGAAGAUUUCAGCUCCCGAAAGCAGUAUCUGCUGUCAUUAUUGCAACCAAAUGAUCCCAGGAAAUAAGUAUUUACACCAUAUGGAUAAAUGUCGUACCACCUCAGAGCCUGCAAAAUAUUUUCCAACUGAGGAGACAAGAAAUUCUCCGCCAACCCUCCCAAGUCAGGCUGCUGAAGAUCAAACUCCCACCGCAGUGAAAGAUGUUCGCCCAAAGACGAAAAAUACAAGCAGGUUUCCUCUUCUUUCCGAAAAUUCAACAAAGCAAGUACCACGCAGCACAGACAAAACCCUGGACCUGCCUCUGAAGCCUGAGCGCCAGCCCUGGGUCGUGGACGACCCGGCCUAUAACAUUCUGCGGAGGUGCCCUCAGUGUGAUAUCCUCCUCCCCCUGCCGACCCUAAACCAGCACCAGGUACCAGCCUCUGCUCUCUCCUCACCUGGCUGUACACCAUCUGGACUUCAGGGUUUAGAGAAGCCCAGGACCUGCAGGGUGUGUGCAGACCCUGCCACUGGGAAGGCCCUCCCCUGUCUCCUCCUCUGUAUGCCCACAUCCACUCUCUCCCAGCACCUCCCACCUGGUUUGUUGGCAUCAUCUCCCAGAGACGGGGCCACCUUUGAAGGCAGAAGCAGCUCUUUCAUCUCUGUGUCUCCGGUUCCUGGCCCGGGGGUUGACCACAGCAAAUGCUUUAAACAGUUGAGUAAAUGAGCGAAGCUGAGGGCCUCCGGUCCAGCUCUCUCCCGGGGCUAAGGCAACGGAGGCCCAGAGAUCAGAGCCUCGAUCAAGAUCCUGAAUCAGUUGGCAUCUUGCCUCCAGCAGAUUGAGGUUUACCUCCGGCAGAUAGGAUUUGCAGCCUCGAUAUCCUGAGUUUUACCUCCUAGAUGACUUUCUGGUAAUAGUAAGAAUUAGCAUAUGUGCCAGUUACAGUGCAGAGUUCUUUACACACAGGUAAUCUUCAUUAUACAUCAUAGGCAGAUAUGGUAUUUGUAUUUUACAAAUUAGGAAACCAGACUGAAUUAUAAUUCCCCAGGAUUACACAGUUAGAGAGCGGCCGGAUCCAGCCUGGGAUCCACGUGUAGAGAGUUC